GCACACGUCUAUGCAUUUUUCUUGAGGGGGGCAACUUGUGGAGUUCCCGCAAUGUCUUCCCUGCGAAAAACAGUUUACUCCCGUCGCAUCUCUAAUCAUGCACGCGCGACGGGUGACAAGCGCUGACAUUCAAUGGUCGAGGGCAAUCGGAUAAACUGAGUAAACAACUUCGCCCCCACCACUUCAAAGGUGAAAACUGUAGUGACCCACGGGCUAAAAUGGAGUUGAGGUGGUCGGCCUACAAUGAUCAAGCGACAGUCUGAUGUUAUCGAAGAAAAAAGACCUCAAAUAUCUGCGAGAUGGUGUGGCAGGCAAGUACGUCAAAAAGGAAACACCGCCGCACGUACCAGUGGUGAACACCUGGACUACCGCGAAUCAUCGGCAGAACCAGCGGUCGCCCGAAGAGGCGCAGGAACAGUUCGCUUCGGAGCCCGCGAGCUUGGCCCAGAAAUGCGCUCGUGCCUGUCAGAAUCGGGCGUGCCAGCAGAGCCUGUCUCUGCCUCAGGGUGCCUCUGGAAAUGCCAAGGAGCACAAUGCUCCGCUGGGGCCGUUUCUCAGGUCUGCGUCUCCGGUUCCUGUCAUGCAGCACUCACAUCUGAGCACGGCGUCAUCGUCGUCAACAGCCGGGGGUGCAUCCCUGGCCGUGCCCGAACAAGGUUCGGCCAGCUCGUCGCCGAAAGCGAGGCACGCGGCAACCAGCACUGUCGGGGGAGUGAAUGUCAGCGUGGUGGUAGCAAGGCCCAUCGCCACGGUACCGCAGCUGGUACCGCAGCAGGUGGUACUCGUAUCACCGCAGGGUCAGGCGCACAGCACGCACGUGUACGCCAAUCCUUAUGUCUCGUCCCGACCGUCAUUCGCCCAUGAGUCACCCAUGCACCUACACAAGGGCUCUGUGGGUCCAUUCUUCGAAGAUUCUCAACACCAGCAGCAGCAACAGCAGCAGCCUCUACAGUCACAGAUGAUGAUCGGUGGGGCUGCGGGGGGGAUGUCGACGGACGACCGGCUGGCUCUGGACUCGGCAUUGCAGGACAACUACUACCACCAGAUGGAGGAGAACUACCAGAUCCAGCUGUACCACCAGCAGAAGCGGCAGCAGUACGCGCAGCAGGCCGCCCAUGCCCAGCCGGCCCUGCACUCCGUCGAGCACCACCAGCCCCUCCACAGUCCGGGCCCACCGCACAUCACUCGGGUGUCCGUGAAUGCCGGAGGCUCGAGUCCCAUGAGCAGCAGCAACAGCGUGAGCAGCCAGCACCAGCAGCUUCCGUCGCCGGUGUCCAUAUCGGCGACCACGGUGGUCACGUACACGCCGGGCAUCUUCAGCUCCAGCCAGCUCCUGCCCACCGCCAUCACGAGUGCUGCCGCCACCGCACUUCCCAUCACAAGCGGCCACCUCGCUGUCUCUUCUGCCGCCGCUGCCGUGGUGACGACUGCGUCUCCAACGUCCAGCCAUCCACAGCUCCUCAGCGUUGCUCCGCAGAAUGCAUCCUCUGCUGGUGGCAGCAACACGUCUUUGCAGAGAUUUCAAAACAGCAGUGGAGGCUCGCAGCCGCGACUGGCCGCCAAGAAUGCGGAGGAGCUUCCCCUGCCACCGGGCUGGACUGUGGACUACACGAUGCGCGGUCGGCGCUACUACAUCGACCACAACACCAAGACCACCCACUGGAGCCACCCGUACGAGAAGGAGGGGCUGCCCACUGGCUGGGAGCGUGUCGAUUCGCCCGACCACGGUGUCUACUAUGUCAACCACAUCACCAAGCAGGCACAAUACGAGCACCCAUGCGCCACCCAGUACGGACAGAGCGGCAGCUCGCCCCCCAUGAGCCACCUGCCACCUCCCCGACACACAAACUUUCAUCAGCACAGCGUGCUGGUGCCAGCAAACCCUUACCUCACCGAAGAGAUCCCGAAGUGGCUCUACAUCUACUCGAGGGCACCUCAGGAGUCUGACCAUAAGCUGAAGUGGAGUCUGUUCCGGCUGCCGGAGCUGGAGUGCUUCCAGGCCAUCCUGAAUCGGCUGCACCGGCAGGAGCUGGAGGAAGUCGUCAUGAGCUACGAGGUGGAGCGCCUGGCCAUAGCCAAGGAGAUGGAGCGGCGCCAUGCGCUUGAGCUGGCCAAGGGUCGCAAGGCCUCCACUAAGUUAUGACUGCUCUGCGGAGAGACGAGAGAAAAAUAUAAACCUCGGGUGCGGCAACACCACCUCCUAGUCACAAGAACGUCUGCGUGCCGCAAAUGUCAUUGUGCCCCGCCCGCUGCUUAGCAUCGUCGAUCCUUGCCAUGCGGCUUCGGGGGCCGCGCUGGUCGUGCGUCCUCGAUGCUGUCGCUGCUUCAUCAGUGGCUGUGCGGUGAAAGAGUGUUGUUGUUUUGUUUUCUUUUGGAAUGCAGAGCGUGUGUUGUACGUGCUGGGUUUUGUUGUUACCACUCUUCUUGCUUGCAGAACUCGCAGAGCUCAGUUUAGCUAACAAAGUCUCUUCUAUGUCCGUAUGCGUAUUGCCAUUUACGGAGUACUCGGUGUCACAGAGAUGCAGUUUUUAUCCGUAAUACAGCUUACGGAAUACAUGUUGUAAGAGAGGUACUGUUCGUACAUGUGUUACUAUUUACAGAAUACCAGGUAUUGCAGACAGGUAGUCCGCUUACGUAUUACCAUUACGGAAUACCAGUUUCUAUGAAAGGGAGAAUUGACAACCACUCGUUUGUAGCACAAAGCUGCAAGGAAAUCCAUACAGAUUUCUCAGAAAGUAAAGCUUCUUAGUUGUCGAAAGUUGACGAAAAAUUCGAACCCGGGACCAACGCCUUUCCGGGGCUACCUUGCAGGAUUUUGCGGAACUGAAUUGCAAUGUCGGGUUUUUUUUUUAAGUGUAGAUUGGGCAGCUGCAUUGAUGGCACAAUCUUCUUGCUGAGUAAAUUUUUUUUUGGGCUCUUUCAUCCAUUUUUGUUGUGGUUGGACUCUCACCAUCGAUGCAAAAAUGUCGAUAAAAAGGGCACAUGCACUCGCGCGUCCGAGUUGUGGGGCAAGUUUGUCACUGAACGCCAACUAAUGAGACUCGUAACUCAGGUGCACAUGCCUGCUACCUAUACUGCUAUAGAUUUGCUUGUUAAGUCUCCUCGUUCUCUGUGGAAUGACACUAUGGAACAACAAAUGCUGCCUGAAACAUCCUCGCUGCAACAAGUAGAUGGUUUUUCCAGGCACAUCAGUACUUCCAGAAAGCAAAUAAAUUUUUCUAGAAGCAUAUGGCUACUCAGUAAUAUUGGUGGUCGUUGUGGUUAGACUUUGACAAGAUGUCGCCACUAGCAUUGUUACUGCUGUGCACGUCUCGUAACUCGGUAUUCUGUGAAUUUUAAUGUGUAUAUACAGACCUCCUGAAGCGCUCCAAUACAUGUGCCGCACGGGCAAGAAGAAAUGACAUUAGCCGCGUUUAUGUGAAUGCUAAUGUGUCACACUGCGCCACACCUCUAUACUCCGUUUCGUAUGCCA